CCAGUCGGGCCCGGUCGGCCGCUUGAGGAGGUUGGGCUCGGGAGUUGCUCGCUGCUGGCAAGUUUAAAGCAAACAAGACCAAACCUAACCUAACCUGUUGGUGUGGUGCUAGCUCGGGGAGAGGAAAGCGCCGAGAUUCAGCUUCAGCUUCAGCUUCAGCUUCGCCACCAUGGCGAUGUUAGUGGAGCACCAGUUCAAGCAGCUGCCGGCGGACAAGCAGAUCGACACCAGAGCUUUCCUUGAAAGUGUCUCCUACCUGCCGCCCUUCUUCGAUUGCCUUGGCUCAAAACUGUUUUCACCAAUCAAAGCAGAUGUGAUGGGCAACAUCACAAAAAUUAAGGCGGUAUAUGAAACAAACCCCACAAAAUUCAAGACAUUGCAACUCAUUCUUGAAGGAGAAAAGGAGAUGUAUGGCUCGGAGUGGCCAAAGGUCGGAGCUACCCUGGCACUUAUGUGGCUAAAAAGGGGUUUGAAAUUCAUUCAGAUAAUGCUGCAAAGUAUUGCCGAUGGGGAACGCGAUGAAGCAAAUCCAAGUCUCAUUCGAGUCAACGCCACAAAAGCAUAUGAACUGACUCUAAAGAGGUACCAUGGCUGGCUUGUACAGAAGAUUUUUAAUGCCGCAGUUUAUGUAGCGCCGUACAAAGCGGAUUUUCUGAAAGCACUGUCCAAGGGCAGAGACGUUAAAGAAGAAGAAUGUAUAGAAAAAAUCAGACAGUUUUUAGUCAACUUCACGGUGACCAUUGAUGCUAUCUAUGAGAUGUACACAAAAUCGAAUGCAGAGUUGGAUUACAAAGUUUAACACAUGCACUGACUAUCUUUCUCCCCUCUUCCCUGUUCCACUCUUCCUCUCGGCAAUGUAAUCACUGAGAUUGAUAACUUAAGUUGCUGUUUGUCGGGUGGUGGUCAUUAACCAGCAGUAAUUAAUGUGGAAGGAACACUAACCGCGUGGAGCUGAUCCAUGUGGAAGUUGCUUUGUGCUCCUGUUGAUUCAUGCUAUAAUAACAUUGAAUUAAAGCUAAUGUGUGGGAAGGAACUGCAGAUGCUGGUUUACACAAGAGAUAGAUGCAAAAUGCUGGAGUAACUUGGCAGGACAGACAGAAGAAGGGUCUCGGCACCGAAAGCCACCCAUUCCUUCUCUCCAGCGAUGCUGCCUGUCCUGCUGAUUUACUCUGGCAUUUUGAGCGUAUCUUUGAAUUAAAUUAACGUAGAUCAGUUUUGUCCCAUUAGUCCUUUGAGCUAUUUGAUGGAGUAGUGCAGAGUAUAUAAUUUUCUCAAUUUAUACUACUAGUUAAUACAAGCAAAAUGGGGUAUUUAUAGGGUUAGCCCAAUUACAUUUGAUAUUUUACCAUUUAGCACAAGCUUUGCACAUUUACUAGAGCAUUUUAGAAAUGGUCAGACGUAAUUUGUUAACCUUUUCAAUCUUGGGUUGAUGGUGCGUUCUUUGUAACCUUUUACACACACCCUUUCUACUGCAUGACAUAAUUACAUCUGCAUCCUUGAUCUGUUUUGAAACCUAUAAUGGAUAAUCUGUAUAUGCUGAAGUUGAAUCUAGAUAAACUCUCAAUUUAAGGGUGAGAUUCUGAAGCGAAUCAACGGGUAUUGUUUUCUCCUUUUUCCCCCUCUCUCGGGCCGACAUCCUCUUGAAUAGGCCUGUGCUGGGCUGACCGUCGCCAUUCUCGGCACUGAUGAACUCUUGACUUUGAAUUCAGUACAAGUUGGUGAAAUGGCCUAGCUCCGUUCUUGCUAACUGUCCCCGACUCUUCCAAGUCAUGGACGCAGAUGCCUGCUGUAGUAAGAGACAGUGGUCUAUCAAACUUGGAACUAAAUUGGCACAGAUGGCCCAGGGUCCAUUUAACAAGGGAAAUCUAAAAAAGGGACUGUCGUAUGUAAAAUGUUAACGUUAAUUCUAAGACUUGCUUGAAAUCCUAAUGCAAAGCAUUUCUUUGGCUUUUUGGUUGAGGGAUUAUAUUAUAGACUUUUCUAAUUCUUAUUCGAGAAUUAAUUUUUAUAAUUUAUUGAGCCUAUUUUUGUGUAACACAGCCUAGGUCACCCAAAAACUACCACUGAUUUGCACUUAGACAUGAAGGGAGGUGAUUGAGAGCACCAUAGGAAAAGGUCUUGUUGACUACAGGAUCAGAAAAAUCCUCAUCUGAAGAGAUUAACUUCUUGGGGAACUCAGGAAAACAGACAGACUAAUCCAAAUGUGCUUUUGCUUAAAGAAAAAUAAUGCAUUUCGAAUCUACACAAUUAGCAAAUAACCUGAUGUUUGAUUGUGAGCAGUAAUAUUGCAUUGCUCUUCCUCUGCAUAGCUCCUUUUUCUCUUGGUAAAACACUUUUUAUAUUUUACUACCAGGUUUUGCAUCCUCUGGCAGCUGGUAUUUUUGAAAACUUGAAAUGUGUGAUUCUGCAGUGUUUGAGUAACCAGGGAAGUCGGCUUGAAAGCAAACUGAAGUAUAUUGUUUGUAAAGGCAUUGCCAGUUUAUUCUUCCACCUGAUGACCUUUGAAUAAGUGCCAGGAACAUGAUCUUUGAAUGAGUUUUCAACUCGUGCCAGCACAGAGCUACACGUGUGUCCAGUCAUAAAACCUGGACCUUUUCUACAAAAGGUCGUUCCUUGCCCCUCUUGGGCAAAAUCUGUUAUUUUGACUUAAUUUUGUUUUCAACCUAGCACACGGCUAGUUGUGAAUCCACGAUCGUGUGGGAGUCAGAACAAAUCAGUUGUAUAUUCAUUCUUUGAUUCCUCGGCAGCACUAAUUUAAUCCCAAAUGCGACUAAUGUUUGGGGGAAUGGCCUACUGUUCUAUUGGAAAGUUAGGAAUUGAUUAUUGGAACUAACUAGAGAGGUCUGUCUGCACUCUUUAAACAGUUGGCGCCAGAAAUUCAAACUUCAGCAAUAAUAUUCCUGAUGAAGCUUUGCAAGAAUAUUUUAGAUCCUAGAAAUAAUAUUGACCCACGUUGUCAGAUUACAAAAUGUUGUGAUUAAAUUAUGUUUGUUCUGAUUCAGUUUGCACGUCAACCACCUUUUACUUGUAUCAUUUGAUGGAUGAAUAUCGGUGACGGGUGGUAGGCGUCUUCGUGGUCACGUCACAGCAGAGAUCGACACUUUACAGUGCCUUCUCAAUGCUGCUUGUUGUAAGUUUUAUAAACCUGGGUUGUUCCAAGUCUACUUGUCACAAUCGGAUACCAUGUUUUAAAUUCUACUGAAACCUGUUAAUUAUACUGCAGUUUGGAGAUGAUGUAUUCAAGAAAUGAAGCUUUUUGAUUUAUGUUGGAAGAGAGGAUUUUAUAUAAUUUAAUAAUGCAUCAGGGUUUAAGUGUUCCUGCUUACCAAUACUGGUAAUUGAGACCAAGUCAGUCAAAUAUAUUGGAUGUUAGUUUGUUUAAGGUGCUAUGUUGCAAUCUCCACUGGCCUUUCAUUUAUCUGUAGACUUGUUGGCUAUUGCAAUUCACUUACCUAGUUGUGAUCUUUUAUAACGUCUUUGUUUAAUUAAGUUUCUAUCUUUUGAUUCAAGGGAAUAAUGGAAUGAAAUAACAUUCAGAAAAACCUCUGAUGCCAUUGGAUCGUUUUUGAACCAUGGCUUUUCUUAACCCAUGAAGCUUAACACUUUGAAUCCCAAAAAAAUUGCAGCCAUUAAUAUUUAACAACUUAUGAAGGGUUUUUUUCACUAUUACUACCUCACUUGGGCUUGCUUGAAUGAAAGUAGAGCCUGCAUGGAGGGCAACACUGGUGUAAACUUGUACCUAAAGCUUUUUUUCCAUUCACUGUCUCUUUUCAAUGUUCAGGAAAUGGGAUUUGUUCAACAGUAAAGGGCUAGGAGCAAAUUUAGGUUUUGAGAUAAUAAUGCAGGACUGAGGACAGAGGCAGUGUUGAUGGUUACACUGUAAAUUAAUAUUAGGCAUUCCAUUAAAUGGAAAGCUGCAAUAUUGUUUUUUGCUGCACGCAAUGAUUAUU